AAAGGCCUGCUUGAAGAACUGACAGUUGAUUGUAACUGCAUCUGCAUUCUGCAUCCCGGCCAUCUGAAUCAUCAUCGAACAGGUAUCUUCAGGUAUCCUACCUACCCUUUCGACCGGACGAGAAACAUAAGCCAUACGGUGCACUUAUUGACGCAGAUCGCGGGACAUAUCGAUAUUGAAGAGAUGGCUACCGUUGCAGCAGAAACAUGGGAACAAGUCCCGCUCGCGCCUCCGGACAGUAUUUUCAAGUUGACGGCGGCGUACAAGGCGGAUACGUUCCCGCAGAAGAUCAACCUCGGUGUUGGAGCGUAUAGAGACGACGACUCGAAACCCUGGGUGCUUCCCGUCGUGAGGAAGGCUUCCGAGAUCCUCCUGCACGACCCCGACCUGGACCACGAAUACCUGCCGAUCACCGGCCUUCCGGAUUUUACGUCCGCGGCGGCGAAGCUGAUCCUGGGUGGGCAGUCUGCCGCGCUAGCGGAGGGACGCGUGGUCAGCGUGCAGACGAUCUCGGGGACGGGCGCGAAUCAUCUCGGGGCGUUGUUUUUGAGUCGGUAUUAUAGGUUUAAUGGGGAGAAGAAGGUUUAUUUGAGCGAUCCGACGUGGGUGAACCACUUUGCGAUCUUCAGGAAUGUGGGCGUUAACCCCGUCACGUACCCGUACUACGAUCCCAAGACGAUCGGGCUCGAUUAUGCUGGGUUCACGAAGGCGUUGGAGGACGCGCCAGAGCGGUCUGUGUUUCUCCUGCACUCGUGCGCGCAUAACCCGACGGGCGUGGACCCGACGCAGGAGCAAUGGAAGGCGAUCUGCGAGAUCGUGAUCCGGAAGAAACACUACGCGUUCUUCGACACGGCCUACCAGGGUUUCGCGAGCGGGGAUCUGGACAGGGACGGCUGGGCGGUGAGGUACUUUGCGUCGAAGGGGGUGCCGAUGCUGGUGUGUCAGAGUUUUGCGAAGAAUGCGGGGUUGUAUGGAGAGAGAGUGGGCGCGUUGCAUUUGAUUUCGCCGACGAAGGAAGCGAAGGAUAGGGUGGGGAGUCAGAUGUCGGUGUUGCAGAGGAGCGAGAUCAGUAAUCCGCCGUCGUACGGUGCGCGGGUGGUGUCGCUGAUCCUGAACCGACCGGAGCUGUUCGAGGAAUGGAAAGGGGACAUCAAGACGAUGUCGGGGAGGAUCAUCGAGAUGCGGAAGGAGCUGCACAGGCUGUUGACGGAGGAGCUGAAGACGCCGGGGAACUGGGACCACAUCGUGAAGCAGAUCGGGAUGUUCAGCUUCACGGGGAUCAACGAGGGGCAGUCAAAGGCGUUGGUGGAGAAGGCGCAUGUGUACUUGACGCCGAACGGACGGAUCUCGAUGGCGGGGCUGAACACGAAGAAUGUACGGUACUUUGCCGAGGCCCUGGACAAGGCGGUCCGGGGCUCGCUGUAGGAUAGUUACGUAAAGGAUAGAUCUAGACCAGGGGAAUGACAUCACUCGCUGUUGACGGCUGUUUGCGGGCUGA